CAUGAAAGCCCCGUCAAGAAUACGAACAGCAUCACAACCCCGAGGCCAUUACACAGCAAAAUGACUGAGAUUCACGGCACCUGCGACCCCAAAUUUCACGGGGUUCGCGAUCUUCUCGAGAAGUACAUCGAGUCGGGUGAAGAGAUUGGUGCGUCAAUCACAAUUGAUAUCGACGGCAAAGAAGUGGUGGAUAUCUGGGGCGGAUACGCAGACGAGAAGCGAACCAAGCCAUGGGAAGAGAACACUAUUGUUAAUGUCUUUUCCUGUACAAAGACAAUCACCAGUCUUGCAGUUCUCAUCUUGGUUGACAGAGGAAUGAUCGAUGUCAAUGAGCGCGUCUCACACUACUGGCCCGAAUUUGAGCAAAAUGGCAAACAAGAUGUUCUGGUCAGGCAUCUGCUGGGGCAUACGUCUGGGGUCUCCGGCUGGGAAGAACCACUGUCGACUGAAGACAUGUAUGAUGUUGAGAAGACGACUGCGAUGUUGGCGCGGCAAGCUCCGUGGUGGACUCCCGGAACGGCAUCUGGAUAUCAAGCUUUGUGCUCGGGGCAUCUGCUUGGAGAACUCAUCAAGCGUGUUUCUGGGAAGUCACUGCGCGAGUUUGUAGACACUGAGAUCGCAAGUGUCUUGGAUGCAGACUUUCAGAUUGGCGCGGCGGAGCAGACCUGGGACCGCAUCUCUCCCAUCGUUCCCCCGGACUUUACAGGAAUUACACCAGAGUUUGAAGAGGGAUCCGUCCAAGCCAAGACGUUGCUCAACCCACCACUUGACCCCAAUUCUGUGAACACCAGGCCUUGGAGACAAGCUGAACUAGGCGCCGUGAACGGCCACGCCAACUCCCGGUCACUGGCCCGGAUUCUCUCCGCCAUUACAAUGGGUGGCUCAACCCGAGGCAAGAAGCUUCUAUCAGAGGAGACAAUCAAGUUGAUCUUUCAGGAGCAGUUUGCUGGAAAAGAUUUGGUCCUUGGGCUACCAUUCAGACUUGGCAUUGGAUAUGGAAUCACGCCUUCUCCGGCCCUUCCCUGGAUUCCAGAGGGCAAUAUCUGUUUCUGGGGCGGUUGGGGCGGUUCGACUAUCAUCAUGGAUCUAGAUAGGCGUAUGACGAUCGCUUAUGCCAUGAAUAAGAUGGGUGGAGGACUUGUUAGUAGUGAUCGGGCUGAGGCUUAUGGGAGAGCUAUUUACCGAGCGUUGGGUAAGUAACUACCUAGUACUUUGAUGUUUUGUAUUUAAGUGCCAGUGCUUGUAUAAAAUAUAAUAGCCAGUGAAUUUGUG